CUCUGCAGGGUGGUGCCUUUCCAUUGUGCUACUGAGAGUGUUCUGCUGGGUGCUGAGAGUCUCGUGAAGGAAAAGGAUUCUUGAGCCGGGAAAAAUGAUCUUCACCAUGGCUGUGCCAGCAUGUGUCCUGCUAAUCCAGUCAGGUCUUGUUGGAGGUGAUCCCCCAAAGCAAUUCUUCUCUGAGGUGCAAGUCAAAGUUGGACAGCAAGUGGUUCUUCCUUGUCAGUCCACCGCUCAGCAGAGUGUCACCAAUCUGUACUUCUUCUGGUACCGCCAGUUCCCGGGACAUACUCUGACAUUUCUCCUGCAAGGGCACAAAACCACAGGGAAUGACAAGUACCGCAGAGGCCAAUUCUCUAUGGUGGUCUACAAAAAUAACACAGCCCCCUUAGAAAUAGCAAAAGUCUCUCUUCAGGACACUGCGAUUUACUACUGUGGUCUGAGGCUCGGUGAGCUCAUUGAGACGCUCCAGUUUGUGUCUGGAUUUCGGCUGACAGUGGUUCCAGAAAUUACUCCAUCUCCCUCAGUCUACAGGCUGACCUCCAAAGAUGACCAGGGUCUGGAAAUGUGCCUUAUCACAGAUUACUCCCCUGAGAAGCUCACUCUGAACUCAGCUGAGCAGCACACAUCUGCUGUUGUGGAGGUGGCAACCAUGGAGAACAGCGAGGAGUCCAGCUACCUGUCCACCUACUGGGCCAAGAGAGACGAGCUGCACUGUGCUGCCAGCCACGAGGGCUUUGGAGAGCUGCAGGGCGAGGACCCUGAGAGUGAUGCCAGUGCUGUCUGUGUCACAGGGCUAUCCCUACAGUUCAGGACAGAUGAACACUUGAACACACUGUCUUUGUCACAGCUGGGCCUCAAAAUCGUUCUGAUGAAAGCAAUCAUUUUUAAUGUGUUGAUGACGAUGCUUAUGUGGAAGAAAAAAAAGGACUGAGAGUAACAAGGUGAUGCAGUCCUGAAGUACCAAAUCCAUCUGCUUUGAGAGAGCAUCUGAGCAAGAGGGAGCUCAGGGAUUAUUCUUUGUGCAAGGGACAUCCCUUGCUGCUCUUAUGUACCACACCAGCCAUUAUAUUCUAAAUUGCUUUAUUUGCAUUGCUAUAAAACUACUCAAAAUGAAACAUUUCCAGCAUUCUGCCCUCCAGAUGUCUGGGCCUUUCACCAUACAGUGCCUCUUUUGCAUGAAGCAGACUUUGCUAUAAUCAUACUUUGCCAACCACGUGUGUUAUUUGCAUUAAAGUGACAACUUCUGCCUGGAGCAGUGCUGUGUGUUAAAAACUGCCAGCUAAAUAUGGGAAUUUUUCCUAUUUUGAUAGCUUUAGGGUAUUCAUAUCUCUUAGGGUGCACCCCCAGAAACCUUUUUAGGUGCAAAUGAAACACUUUGAAAAGCAAAGGGAGUCUGACUCAAGAUGCACUGUCCUGCCACCCUUUGCUAGAUUAGAACAAGAUAUCCCAUUUUUUCCCUAAAGGUUGCGCUGCACAUCUCCCAGAAGUCCUAAAUUCAGCGAAAUUGUCAAGUCAAUAUCACAGAAAAAAAAAAUUUAAAUGUUUUAAAGUCUAUCUGACCAUAACACCUUCUUAAUUUAAACCAGUUUAAGAUUUGUCUUUGUGUUUAGUAAAAAUACAAUCUUCUUUCAAUGUCUAGUAAAAAUACAAUGUUCAUAGAAAAA